AUAUUAUCUAGGCGUCUAAAUUCAUAUUUCCCCCGAUCAUUCAGUAUUUUUUUGGAAUAAACCAUCAUCACAUAGAAAGUUCUUGUUAGCCCAAAAAUAAACACUCAAAACUGGUCAGGUCACAGUAUGCAGAUCUAUAUUCAAACACGUGAUGGCAAGAGGACCCCCUUUAAGACCGGCCACUUUGGCACCGCGGGCGAACUGAAGAUCCGCAUCGGUCGCGCGUUGGGCGUCCCCAUGGGCUUCAGUCGAUUGGUCUUCAGGACAAAAAUACUGAAAAACAGCGUACAGCUCGAGGAAGCCGGUGUCAGGCCGCUGUCAACGGUGGAGCUCUAUUGGCAGCCGGUUAUCUGCACCCGGAAGAGGUUCAGCGAACUGGAGCUCAACGGGGAAAUGAGCGUGCUGGAGGGUCAAACCGGUCACGGGAGCAGGUCGGAGAGCUACGAUCAGAUGUUGAAGAAAGGCGGCAUCACGACCAAGUCGAGGUCGAGCGGCCAGGACCCACGUCUUGGCCGUGCCAGAGGUGCAAAGUCCCCAGCCUCCACCGCCGCUCCCUCCGUUUCUGAGGUCGUGCUGGCGUGCCGCCCGGGAGCCAGAAUUGAGGAGCAGUCCCAGGAGGAUGAUGAGAAGGAUGUGGAAGAGUGCACUGAUCUAUCAGAUGAUGAGCUCGACUUAAUGGCCAUCUUCCGCCGGCAAAGGUCCGAUAUGAAAUCUUUUGACGAGCUACCCUUCAAGAAUGAGCCCCUGGACGGAAAUACUAACUUGGGCAUUGUUCCGGAAAAGCUGGAGGAACGGCAGGAGUGUCAGGAAACCCUUCGAGACGGAGUGAUGAAAGCAAUGAGGACCUAGACAGAUCAAUAAAAGUCCUCCCUAAGCUAUACCAAGCCAAGGAGCGCCAGCCCUUAAAAAAAUUUAAGAAUGUUUCCAAAUUCUAAGUUUAUUCCCCCAAAUUCAAUCAUUCAAUAAGCUCUAAAAUUUCGUUUCAGCAUCCAUAUAAAUACAUAUAAAUUCUUUCCAUUUAAAAAUGUAAACCUAUCCACGGAUUCCGCAUACCAAUUACUAUUAAAAAGGACAUUCAGUUUUCCAUCUUUUUCCAUGCAAAAACAAAUUUGUGCUCAAAAGUUAGGAUAUAAUCAGUCGGAUAUUGAAAUAUCAAAACAUUCUAGUAGUUU